AUGUCGAACUUCAGACAAACUCCACUAACGUGUAGUGGACAUACACGGCCUGUUGUUCACCUUGCUUUCAGUGAAAUCACACCAUUUGGCUACUUUUCUAUAAGUGCAUGUAAAGAUGGAAAGCCAAUGUUACGCCAAGGUGAUACAGGUGACUGGAUUGGAACAUUUGAAGGACAUAAAGGAGCAGUGUGGGGUGCCACAUUGAAUAGGGAUGCUUCCAGAGCUGCUACAGGUGCAGCAGAUUUCUCAGCGAAACUUUGGGAUGCUGAAAGUGGUGAAGAAUUAUAUACAUUUCCUCAUAAACAUAUUGUAAAAACUGUUAAUUUCUCCUCCACAAGUAAACAAUUACUGACAGGCUCACAGGCUAAAUUAUGUAAAAUUUUUGAUUUGGAAAAGUAUGAUGCAGAACCGACAGUUUUGAGUGGUCAUACUGGUAAUGUUAGAGCUGCUCUGUUUACACCCGAUGAUAAAAAGUUUAUCAGUAUAUCUGAUGAUAAAACUGUCAGGAUUUGGGAUGCUCAUAAUCAUAAUGAAAUUAGUAAAAUAGAUUUACCAGCCAUACCUAGUAGUUUAGAGUUGACAAGAAAUGGUAAAAUAUUUUUAGUAACCUAUGGCUCAACUACCAGUUUCUACAAUACUGAUACAUUCGAGCAGAUCAAAACAUUUGAUGCACCAACUCAGAUUAAUUCUUCCUCAUUACAUCCAACUAAAGAUAUAUAUGUUUCUGGUGGAGAAGAUUUUAAGAUGUAUAAAUUUGAUUAUGUAUCAGGAGAUGAAAUUGAAUCAUUUAAAGGUCAUUUUGGACCUGUACACUGUGUACGUUUCUCUCCUGAUGGUGAAAUUUAUGCUAGUGGAAGUGAAGAUGGUACAUUGAGAUUAUGGCAAACAAACGUAGGCCAGACGUAUGGAUUAUGGAAAUGUGUAAUGCCAGAUGAAGUAACAAAUAAUAGUGAUUCUAGUCCAGUAAUAAAAGCUGAAACAUAAAAUAAGACUGGGUACAAAUGAUACCAAGAUAACUUUCGUAAUUUCGGGAUAGAAUUUUUCUGUAACAUUUGAAAUUGGUGUUGGUGUAGUUAUCAUAACAGAAAGCUUUUUCUGACUUGAUAACUAAAUUCAUAUCAUUGAUGCUUAUUUAUUGUCACAGCCCAUUAUAUUGUUUUAAUUCGCAGGCGAGUUGUAAUUGAAGAAUCAUGUAUUGAAAUGGUUAUCUAUGGAACCAACAAUAAUGCAUGUAAACGCCGAUAUUUUGACUCUUGAUGGAAAUAUAUUCAUUAUCAUCCAUUUUUGUUGUCUUGAAGGAAUUACACUACCUGCUUGAUAAUUGGAUGUAAACUGAUAUUGUUAAUAAACAUUUUAUUGAUGUGAUAUGCUUGAUAUCUCUUUAAUAAACAUGAGACUUGAGGUCACAAGAUU